UUGACGUAACAAGACGGCGCUCCGUGUGUCCACAGGGCCGCCCGCUGUUCCUGCAGUCGUCCAGAAACGUGUCGGUCAACAUCUUGGGCAGCAACAACCAGCUCCUCACGCAGCUCGUCACAGGAUCCAACGGAUUUAAAGCGCAGGGCAAGAUGUUUGAAGUCAAAUCCACCGCUGGGAAACUCCUCUUCUCCGCUGACGAGCAGGAGGUGGUGGUGGGCGCCGAGCGGCUCAGAGUGAUGGAUUCCAGCUGCAGCUGAACACACCACACGUCUGUAGCUGAGCUGAUGUGUGAUGUGUCAGGCUGACAUACAGUAAAUGCAAAGCAGCAGAGAGCAGUGCUUACAUUAGCAUCAUAAGCAGGAGAGCAGAUCUGUGCGGGUGGAGCUCGUGUACGAGGGAGGAAAAUGACAAGCUGGAGGAGAGCUGGUAUUUGCCCACAGGACUCGACAGGGAGAAGGUGACAUGUCGUCCUUAGACCAGUGAGUUCGGUGCCGGUGACGGGAGAUAAGAAGUGACAGAGCAGUUCUGGCUGCAGCGGCGGCCGCUCCGCCUCUGAGUCACGUCACUGCCGCGGAUCGUUCCCUGUGACACCA